CUGCUGGAUUCCAUGCCUUGGGCUGGUCACCAUACUUUUGCAAUUUAAUUUGCGUGUUCUUUUUCCAUUUGCAUUAACCGAUUUCUCAUUGUCUAUUUUAUUUAGGGAUGAGUUCAGAAAAUAAUUUGGAGGUGAACCUGGAAUCCUCUGGGAAGGAAAAUCCUUUAUUCACAAUAAAUGAAGAUGAUGAUGUAGUGGAGCUCAUUGGAGAUGAGAUCAAAGACACUGCAACAGGAGCUCAGGCAGGGACAUCGACGGGCAAGCGAAAAAGAAGGCUUACCUCACCUGAGUUAGAAAAGUACUUAGAUGAGACAAGGAGUGAUAGAAAGACGGACUUGGACAUUCUUGAGUAUUGGAAGCUUAACUCCCAACGAUAUCCGACGGUUGCAAGGAUGACUCGUGAUAUUUUGAGUAUUCCCGUAUCCACGGUUGCCUCUGAGGCAGCAUUCAGCUGCGGAGGUCGUGUUCUCGAUCAGUAUCGGAGUUCUUUGAAACCCAACCUUGUGGAAGCACUCAUGUGCUCUCGAGAUUGGCUUUAUGGAUUAACUGAUAGUUGUGGGAUUUCCAUGGAUCAAAUUACAGAGGAUGUGAUGAACUUAAAUAUUAGUGAGGAGCCAUCAACUCAAGGGUCUAAUACCGUGGUUAAUUAAAGGAGCCAUCAAUUCAGAUGCCAUCACUGCAAGGGCACUCUUAAGGUAACAAUAAGCAGUUCUCUUCCGACCUAUGCAAGAAAGAAUUGUUUUUGGAGUUCGUUGAAUAGGGGUAAGAAUUGUUUUUGGAGUUCGUUGAGAGGGGCUUUGUCAUGCCCGAGAAGGAAGAGUUUCAGUGAUGCCAAUGCUGUGAUUUCAAUCUGUAAAAGUGAUUUGAUUAGUGUGUAGUCUGUCAAUCCCCAGUUCCUCUGCUGCUGUUCUUGAUCCGGAUUCCGCACAAUUCGCUGCUUCCUUGCUUUUGUAACCACUUCCACUUCGAUCAGUCACUGCUCACAUUGUCAACUUGAAGUGUGAUUUUGUCAAUUGGGAUAUGCUGUCUCAGUGGCAGUGAGACUGUGACGUUUCCUUGACCUAGUCCGCUUGUUACCCUCCUUGAUCUGGCAUUUUGUCAACUUGUCUGUUCAGUUGCCAGUGGAACUCUUCGGUUCUUGAUUGGCUACUGCUAGCAUUGUCAGCAUUUCAUCUGAGUUAGCCUAAUUACUCUUUAUUUGAACAAUGCUACCUACUUUGGAAGAAUUAAUGAUAUGAUGCAA